UAUUGAUGUACAUUGUGAAUCGGAAACCUUCAAUAUUUUAAAGUAUGUUUUUUUUUGUCAUUUAUUAGGUACUUCAGCGAUGAGUAAUCAUUUGAAGUCCAAACAUCCAGAGGAGUUUAAAUUGAUAAAUAAAAAAAAACUGGUGAAAGUUCAAAGCCUGUUACGGCUCCGGUACAUGUCGUUCCCAGCACAAGUGCAUCGUCAUCAUCAGCAGAAAAACAACUAACACUGUCGGAAUCGUUUGAAAGAAAAUUACUUUGGAAUGUAAAUGAUGCCAAAGCCCAGAAAUAUCAUUAUUUAAUUUCAGAAAUGAUUGCUCUAGAUAACGAGCCGUUCAGUAUCGUAGAAAAGGUUGGGUUUAAAAGGCUUCUAGAACAAGCGCUACCUCGUUAUGAAUUACCAAGUCGCACUUAUAUUUCUCAAAAAAUUGUGCCCGAUAUCUACAAUAGAAUUCACGACAAAAUUAAAACAAACAUUUCAAAAGCUAUUGCAGUUUCUGUUACUUCUGACAUUUGGACCUGCCUGCACAAUAGUUCCAGCUUCUUGAGUUUCACAGCCCAUUGGUUGUCUCCGGAAUUUCAACUGCAACACGGCGUUCUUGCUAUGAAACCGUUUUCAGGAUCACACACUGGAGAAAAUAUAGCAAAGGAACUGAACGCUAUUGCUGCUCGCUGGGAUAUUGAUAGAAAUAAAAUUCAUUUACUAAUCCAUGAUAGUGGCGCUAAUAUGGUAAAAGGAGUUCGAGUUGCAGAGUAUGAUUCUGCUAGAUGUUUCAUACAUUCACUUCAGCGAGUUGUUAUUGAGGCAAUGAAGGUCCAAGCUGAAGUAUUAGACGUGAUUGCUACUGGAAGACGUCUAGUAACUCAUUUCAAUCAUUCAAGUUUAGCACAAGAAAAAUUGCUUGCAAUUCAAAAGGAGUUACAUUUACCGCAGCAUCAGUUAGUGCAGGACAUCAACACGAGGUGGAACUCUACCUACUACAUGGCAGAACGCUUGUUGGAACAAAAAAGGGCUAUCUCUCUUUAUGUCGCUGAACAUGACACACUCACUAAUUUGACGAUACAACAAUGGGGCCUAAUGGAGCAGUGCAUAAAUCUUUUAAAACCAUUUGAAGAAAUAACGAAAAUUACAAGUUCUGGCCUUUCCUGUAUAUCCGAGGCGAUUCCGCAUAUUUCUGCAUUAAAAAAGUAUUUAGACAAAAAUGAGACUGCACAAAGAACACCAGACUUAGCUCGUAUGAGAGCUUCUUUGAAAGCUGAAUUGGAAAGUCGUUUUAAAUCCUUAGGAGAUAAUCCAAACUACCUAAUUGCUACCUUUUUAGACCCAAGGUUCAAGUCAGAUUAUUUAGGAGUUCUUGAAACUGAAAAAGCCCGACAGAAAAUCAUGAUAGAGUAUAUAAAAAACAAAAAAUCGAAACAACCAAUCAAAGUCAAGUGUGACUGGAAUGUUGUGCUUUGA